AUGCUCUUUGAGCCCGAGGAGCUGCCCGAGGCAUCGCCGCCCUGCUUCGACGACAUCACCCUCGAUGGCCACGACACCCGCUGGGUGCCCCAGUGUCGCCAUGCCUGCACCUUUGCGCCGCAUCUCUUUGUCGAAAAGAUGAUGAACCUCAUCCGCAACCCAAACCUCAACUCGAGCUGGCUCUUUCGCGCAGACAUUCUCUUCGACGACGACGACGCCGACGACGUCAACCCUCCUCCUUCGCUGUUCCCGCCGCGCGAAAUCAAGGAUAUGCCGCGCCAGAGGACGCUGGUCCGCAAGCUAAUCCCCCGCAGCGAGCGCAGAGACCGGCCCCUCGAUCAGACGUGCACCUUCCACCGCUCCGUCCCCUCCACCCCGUCGUCAUCCUCCUCGUCGCUCGUCAUCUACCUGCCUCACGCCUCCUCCGCCGCCGACCUCCCCUUCUACCACCCCAAGGUCCGCGGCAUCGCCCACCUCCACGAGUGGGAUCCCGUCGCGCAAACGGGCUUCGUCUCGGUCCACUUCCUCCCCUUCCAGCAACCCAUACACGACGUUGAGUGUCCCAAGCUGCGCCGCACUGCCUACCACCUCCUGCAGAUCCUCCACAAGCACGGCCAGAGCUCAGCCGCCGGCUACGUCAAGAGGGUCCACCACGAUGUCAUUGUCCCCCAGGCGCGCUUCCAGGACCGUUACGCGUCGCUCAAGGCAAAGUACGCACGUCGGCUGGUCGAUGGUUGGGCCGAGUCGACGGAUCCUGUAAAGCAUGUGUUUGAGGACCUCGGCAUUGCGGCGUUUUUGAUGGAGCUCUGGGCCGACAUGUACGGAACACAUGGUCGCUUCCCGGGAUUCGUUGACAUUGGCUGCGGCAACGGCUUGCUUGUCUACAUCCUCCGUCAAGAGGGCUACUCUGGCUGGGGCUUUGAUGCGAGAGCUCGCAAGUCUUGGGCCCAGUACCUGACCGACGACCCCGACACCGCCCCCGAGAGUCGCUCCCUGCAACAGCGCCUCCUCCUGCCCAAGGUAGUUUCCGACAGCACCAGUACGAGCACAGGCGCAGAACCAGACGACGCCAUCGACCCACAGGCUAUCCACGACGGCGUCUUCCCCCCCGGCACCUUCAUCAUCUCCAACCACGGCGACGAGCUCACGCCCUGGGCCCCGAUCCUCGGCGCCCUCUCGCAAAGCCCCUUCAUCACCAUCCCCUGCUGCAGCCACAACCUCGCCGGCGCCAAGUUCCGCGCCCCGCGGCCCCGCGACAAGGAAAAGCCCAAGUCGACGUACGCCUCCCUCGUCGACUGGGUCUCCCGCAUCGCAGAGGACUGCGGCUGGGAGGUAGAGACGGAGAUGCUGCGCAUACCGAGCACGCGCAACACCUGUCUCCUCGGCCGCCGGCGGGUUGCCGGCGUUGCUCACGAGAUUGACUUUGACGCCCUGCUGCUCAAGUAUGGCGGCGUCGAGGGCUACGCUGACAAUGUGGCCAAGCUGCUCAAGUCUGGGCCCAGGAGCCACUGA